AGGUUGGUAGCCUCGCGAAGCGCGCGGAGGGUUCGCUGCUGAGCCGAGAAGCGGGGAACAGCGGACGGGAUCGGUGCAAUACACCAUGUCUUCGGAGCUUGACACCAACAUUAAUAUCAAGGAGCCGAGAUGGGAUCAGGGGACGUUCAUGGGAAGAGCCAAACACUUUUUUACAGUCACAGACCCCAGGAAUAUACUUUUGUCCAAGGAGCAACUGGAGACUGCCAGGCAGAUUAUUCAGGAUUACAGGCAAGGAAUUGUGUCCCCAGGCCUAACUGAAGAUGAGUUGUGGAGGGCAAAGUACAUCUACGACUCUGCAUUUCACCCAGAUACCGGGGAGAAAAUGAUUGUGAUCGGGCGGAUGUCUGCCCAGGUCCCCAUGAACAUGACCAUCACAGGAUGCAUGAUGACAUUCUACAAGACAACUCCUGCUGUUGUGUUCUGGCAGUGGAUCAACCAGUCCUUUAAUGCCAUAGUAAAUUACACCAACAGGAGUGGCGAUGCACCCAUCACUGUCAGUCAGCUUGGUACUGCGUAUGUGUCCGCCACCACGGGUGCCGUCGCCACCGCUUUAGGGCUAAACGCACUAACCAAGCAUGUCUCACCACUUAUAGGCAGAUUUGUUCCCUUUGCUGCUGUAGCUGCUGCCAACUGCAUCAAUAUCCCCCUGAUGAGACAAAGAGAGUUGAAGUACGGCAUUCCGAUAACAGACGACAAUGACAACCGGUUAGGGGAAUCUAAACACGCGGCCCAGCAGGCCAUAACACAGGUGGUUGUGUCCAGAAUUCUCAUGGCUGCCCCUGGCAUGGCUAUUCCACCCUUCUUAAUGAACACACUGGAAAAGAAAGCCUUUCUGAAGAAAUUUCCAUGGAUGAGUGCACCCAUUCAGGUUGGAUUGGUAGGAUUCUGCUUGGUGUUUGCCACACCGCUCUGCUGUGCACUGUUUCCACAGAAGAGGUGGGUAAUUUCUGACCAUCACCUUUAUUGUAAAGGAAAGUGUAUUUGUCUGACAUUUGCGACAUCAAAACCAGACAAGCACCUACAGCAUCCAAAACAUUGUCCCAACAUAUAUACAGUCUGCCAUCCACAUUCACGGAGGUUAAGGGCAUAGAACCCACCCACAUAAGUGGAGAAAUUGCAAAUAUCUCUAGGCCCCCCAAACCUUAACUCUUAAUACUGCUGACCAUAUUUAACACACAAAAAAGAAAAACAAUACACUGUACUGCAACAGUAUGUUUUAUAUUUUAGGCGUCCCAGAGUGCGUAAUCCGCAGUUCUUUAGCGCACUGAAACUCUUUACAAAAUUUAACUUUUUGUAAUAAAUGUGUGUGUAUAUACUUUUG